AUGACGGCGUCCGCGAGGCCCGGGGAGAGGGCAACCAACUUCGCCGUCGCGUGCAGCCUCUUCAGUCGCUUCGUCCGCCAGAACGGCGCCGCGCCCGCCCAGCUAGGCCUCGGGAUCAAAGGCGAGGUCGAGCAGCAAAGGACGCCGGCGACAAUUAACUUGCUCCCCGGAGUGGACGGCGAGGAGACCGAGAGGAGGAAGGAGACCAUGGAGCUUUUCCCGCAGAGCGCCGGGUUCGGUGUCAAGGAUCCCGCUGCUGCCCCUAGGUGCGUACUGCUGCUUCACAUCAUGUAAAUCCCAUUUCGGUUUUGGUUUGU